AUGCAUCAAUGUCCACGCUGUGGACUAAAUGGUCAAUGUUUUGGUCCAUCGAUUUGUUGUACUGGCUCAGCUUGUCGUAUUGGACAUCCAUCUGAUACUCGUCAAUGUUCAAUGGAAAACCGUAAUAUCAUACCAUGUGAUAUUAAGACUUCAAUCUGUUCAGCUGUACCAAAUGGUCGAUGUGCUGCUAAUGGAGUAUGCUGUGGUACAGAAUCAUGUCAAACAGAUAAAAAUUGUUUAAUGGUAUCAAAUCAGGAAAGUGAUAAUUCACGUGAAGAACGACUAUCACAACCAGAAAUCAUACUUUUUGAAUGA